AUGGAUCCGUUUCGAGAGAUUUUUGUGUAUUUGCCCACACAUUGCAUAGCGAUAUGCAAGAGCCAUAAGCAGGGCGUUGUCAAGUCACAGCUACGCACCCACUUGGACACCAAACACCAGGAGCUGACUCCCCACACACGGCGCAGCAUAGUAGAAGCCACCAGCCAGGAGCCAUGGCUGCGCAACUGGGCCAACAGUGCAGACCAGGUUAUGUUUCCACGCCCAGAUGCUGCGCCGCUGCCCCAUCUGCCCGUGUACACAGACGGCUUGAAGUGCUGGGAGUGUGGGUAUAUUAAUCGCAGUGAGAAGCGCAUCCAAGAGCAUGGCUCAAAGCAGCACAAUUGGACUAGCCGCAAUACACGCAGCAUCGGCCGUCCAGCAGCC